GAGAAGGAUGAAAUUCCAUCCCGAUUCUCUAAGAGCAAAACGAUGAAUUUAAACUUCACGCAUACGAUGCGAAGCAUAAACUACUGGUUCCCGCUGGCGAAACGGUACAGACUUUGCUAAUCAGGGAAGCUGUUCACUCAAAUCCCCUUGAAGCUGCAAUGGACUCUACGAAGAAACAUUCUGCAAAAUGCUCAAACGAUGCUUUUCACAGAUGCUCUUCAAUUCUUUCUUUCAUUUCCAUUCUGUUGAUUGUUGCGCUGUUCUUGAGGAUGGAAACAAUAAACAGGAACACGAAGAGGAACGAACUUCGCAUUUCAGAUGUUGAAGCUCACCUUAAGAUCGCCGUUUUGAGGAAAAGAGCAGGUAACGAGGGGAAACUGUCAAAGGAUUUUGAAGGCGGAAUGGAAACACAUAAUGUGGAUUAUCGCCAAAGACAUAAAAGAAAUGCUGCUUUGAGUCCAACGCCAGCAACUAUAACUUUACAACAAAUCCGCCAAGAAAUAAAUAACAAGUUCAAUGAAGUUUGUAACUCCUCAGACAGAAUAUGCCAGGCAGGACCUCCGGGACCGCCAGGAGCCCCUGGGUAUCCCGGAUAUAAGGGAGAAAAAGGGGCCCCUGGAAGUAAAGGACCACCAGGUCCAUGGGGGCCCACUGGGGUUCCAGGCGAAAGUGGUGUUAGAGGACCUGUGGGACCUCAAGGAGAAAAGGGUGAAAAAGGUGACAAAGGGCCCGUUGGAGCUCGUGGUAUUAGAGGAGAGACUGGAGAGAAGGGUCGUCAAGGACAAAAAGGAUCUAUUGGCUUAAAAGGGAACACAGGGGACAGAGGAUUGGUUGGUAUUCAGGGACCAACCAGAGAAUGUGUCGUUCCACCGAAGAUCAGUGUGUAUCCAGCAUCUCAGGAAGUCUUUAUCAAUGAGACAGCAAUAUUUUUCUGUUGGGUUCAAGGCCAGACGUCGUCCAAAAUAACAUGGCGUAGACUUGGAGGUACUCUAUCUGAUGCUACCGUGGAAGAUGGUGCGCUUCGAAUCAACAGCGUACAAAGGUCACAUGUGGGGUCGUAUAUGUGUUCAGCUAACACUGGUCUCAGAAAUCUAACGGGUUUCAGCACUUUACAAGUAAAAGAGCCACCAACAUUUGUCAAGAAACUACCAUCUUUGGUCAUUGUAGAUGAAGGCUCCGUUUUAAGUCUCUGUUGCGAGGCUGUGGGCUCUCCUCCUCCUAACGUGGAAUGGUCACGCGCUCGUCAGGUGCACUCCGCUGAUACAUCAUUGGCUUUCGAGGAACAAGGCUGCCUCGAAUACAACCUUGUUGGGUUCAACAGCAACGGGACAUAUGUCUGCCGCGCAAGAAACCGCUUCGGACUGGCAGAAACAACAACGACAGUAGUCGUCAAGAUAAAAGGUGUCUUUAAAUCAAUAAUAUGA